CUCUAGGGGAUUUACUUCCAGCAGCAGCAGCAGCAGCAGCACAUGAUCCAUCAAUCGCGUGAUUCUCACCACCGAGGACUAAUGGGGAGGGUGAAGAAAAAGUGAAUGCUGCCUUGGGGAAGCGGCAGCAUUUUCUUCUGCUCGUGGGGCCCCUCCACCAGUCGGACAUUUCAUGGCUUCUCCAAGGUUAGAAACCUACUGCUGCCCAAACCGGGAUGCAGCUACACAGCUGGUGAUGAACUUCCAGCCUGAAGUCUUCUGUGGAGUCUGCAUUGGCAGUGCCUCCAUCAGCUUGCUAUUGACCAUCCUGCAACUCCUGCCAAAGAAGGGACAGAGCCCACGGAAGAUGCCCAAAGCCUCCUCCUCCUCCACCAUCCUUCUCCUUAUCUCCAUUUGUGACAUCCUCGGAGGCUUAGGUAUGAUCUUCAGGUCAAGUGUAUGGCUGGGCUUCCCAGGCUUCAUAGCUAACAUUUCUGUGGUGAACGGGACGGACGUGUGGCCUUCCGCUUUCUGCGUGGGGAGCGCGAUGUGGAUCCAGCUGUUAUAUAGUGCUGGCUUCUGGUGGUUGUUUUGCUAUGCUGUUGAUUCUUACUUGGUGGUGAGAAGAUCAGCUGGACUGAGUACCAUUGUGCUGUACCACAUGAUGACCUGGGGCCUGGCAGUGAUGCUCUGCGUGGAGGGGAUUGCUCUGCUUUACUACCCCUCUCUCUCCAGCUGUGAAAAUGGCUUGGAACAUGCCAUCCCACAUUACAUCACAACCUAUGCCCCACUCCUGCUAGUGCUUGUGGCCAACCCAAUCCUGUUUAGGAGGACAGUAUCAGCAGUUGCCUCCUUACUGAAAGGGAGACAAGGAAUUUACACAGAGAAUGAAAGACGUCUGGGGACAGAGAUCCAGAUGCGCUUCUUCAAAAUUAUGCUGGUAUUUGUUAUUUGCUGGUCAUCCAACAUCAUCAACGAGACCCUUUUGUUCUAUCUCGAAAUGCAGCCAGACAUCAAUGAAAUGCCCCUGAAAAACAUCAGAAGUGCUGCACUGAUCACCUGGAUCAUCAUGGGGGUUCUUAAUCCCAUGCAGGGCUUUCUCUUCACAUUAGCUUUCUAUGGCUGGACAGGAUGGAGAGUGGACCUGAAAUGGCGAAAGAGAGAAAUACCCUGGGAAUCUAUGUCCUCAUCAACUGCGGGGGAAAAUGCCUAUCCCUCACCAGUGAACUACCAAAGCAACAUCCAUGAUUCCAAGAAGAUCUCCACCACUGACAGCCAGCAGACUGACGAGGCCAUCGGCAUGCUGUCUGAAGGUAACACCAGCAGUGAUGAGAGAUUAACCAGGAGCUCUCCCAUCUACCAGGGCUGGUAGUUCCUGUGUG